CCUGGACAUCGCCGCCGCCUGCUUCAGCUACCACCAGCCCGAGGCCGCCGCCGCCGCGGGCGACGAGGCCGCCGCCUUCGAGGUGCACAGCCCGGGCGGCGCCGUGGCCGUGCUCAAGGCUGCGACCCGUCAGGACAUGACCUACUGGCUUCAGGAGCUGCAGCAGAAGAGGUGGGAAUAUUGCAACAACCUCGACGCGGCCAAAAGGGACAGCCGAACGUCCCCAACACCAAGCGACUUGUCCAAAGGUCUUGUUGCCAAAGACAACCCGGAGCUGAGUAUCCUAAGUCAAAAUGCUUCGGCAGAAAGAGCCAGAAAUAUCCUAGCCGUGGAGACCUCCCCUACGGAGCUGGUGGGGGAGCAGGCUGCCUCCCAGCCUGCGCCCGUGCAGCCCAGCGCCAUCAACUUCUCCCUGAAGCAGUGGAGCGCUGAGAUCAAAAACUCUAUGUCCUCGUUAAGAAAAGGAAAUAAUGAGAACCGCAAGAGCAUAUUUUACACUAGCGAGGAGUGGGAAUUGCUGGAUCCAACCCCAAAAGACUUGGAGGACUCGAUGGUCCUAGAAGAAAAGAGGAAGCACCUGGCAGACGGGAGUAAAGGCCUGACUAGUUCAGCUUUUCCGUUUGAUUUUGGCCGCGUUCCCCACAAAGCGAGACGCCCGCUGAAGGACAUGAUCGGAUCGAGCAAGAACCGCAGCAGCAGCGACGCUUCCCCCACUGAGUGGUGUUCUGGCAACGGCAACAAGCUAGUCUCGGAACUGCAGCUGAAAUAUCAAAGCCAGCAAGAAGAGCUGGAAAAGUUAAAGAAGGAUCUCACAAGCCAAAAGGAACUUGUGCGACUUCUGCAGCAAACAGUCCGGUCUUCCCAAUACGAUAAAUAUUUUGCAAGCCGUCUUUGUGAGGGGGUUCCCAAAGACAAAUUAGAGCUGUUGCACCAAAAAGAUGACCAAAUUUUGGGUCUGAACAACCAGCUUGAAAAGCUAAAUCUGGAAAAAGAUAGUCUGCAGCAGGAAGUAAAGAAUCUGAAAUGUAAAGUUGGAGAACUCAAUGAGCAGUUGGGUAUGUUGAUGGAAACUAUUCAAGCUAAAGAUGAGGUGAUCAUGAAACUUUCACGUCAACUCAGUGAAUGCGAGGACAAUACAUCCUCCCAAAGUGGAGCAGUAAAUUCCUCCAUGGCUACCUUUAUUAAUAAGGAACUACAGGAACUGGACAGACUAAAAGACAAUCUUCAAGGUUAUAAGACCCAGAAUAAAUUCUUAAAUAAGGAGAUUUUGGAGCUUUCUGCUCUACGAAGAAAUGCAGAAGUGCGCGAGAGAGAAUGGCAGGCAAAGUAUACUAGCUUGGAAGCCAAACUCUGUCAGAUUGAAAGUAAAUACUUGAUCUUGCUUCAAGAAAUGAAGGCUCCUGUUUGCUCUGAGGAGCAGAGCUCUACUCGCGAGGUCAUUGCACAGCUGCUAGAAGAUGCUUUGAAAGCAGAAACGAAUGAACCACCAGAACAAGCGUUUUUCAAACCACACCUGGUCAGUGAAUAUGAUAUAUAUGGAUUUCAGACGGUCCCAGAGGAUGAUGAGGAGGAAAAACUAGUAGCAAAAUCACGAGCUUUGGACCUGAGAUCUCUUUCUCUUAGUGAAAAUAGAGAGAUCUCUACCGGGGUAAAAUGGGAGAACUAUCUUGCAAGCAUGAUGAAUAGGGAGAUGAUCCGCUGUCUAGAACUGAAGAAUCUGAUAAGGUCUGGAAUUCCACACGAGCAUCGUUCCAAGAUGUGGAAAUGGUGUGUCAAUCUCCACGUUAAAAAGUUCAAGGAUGGAGCUGUUCCUGGGUAUUUCCAAACCUUGCUUCAAAAUGCCCUUGAAAAACAAAAUCCAGCAUCUAAACAGAUUGAGUUGGAUCUCUUGAGAACUUUGCCCAACAACAAGCAUUAUUCUUCACCAACGUCUGAAGGGAUCCAGAAGCUGCGAAAUGUGUUGCUGGCGUUUUCGUGGAGGAAUCCUGAUAUAGGAUAUUGUCAAGGUCUCAACAGGUUGGUAGCGAUUGCACUUCUGUACCUGGAACAGGAAGAUGCUUUCUGGUGCCUGGUAACUAUAGUGGAAGUCUUCAUGCCUCGUGAUUAUUAUACUAAGACACUGCUAGGAUCACAGGUUGAUCAACGUGUGUUCAAGGAUUUAAUGAGUGAGAAGCUGCCACGGCUGCACGCGCAUUUCGAACAGUACAAAGUUGACUACACGCUUAUCACCUUCAACUGGUUUCUGGUGGUAUUUGUGGACAGUGUCGUUAGCGACAUCCUUUUUAAAAUAUGGGAUUCUUUCCUAUACGAGGGACCAAAGGUAAUAUUCCGAUUUGCCCUGGCACUUUUUAAAUACAAAGAAGAAGAAAUCUUAAAAUUGCAAGAUUCCAUGUCCAUAUUCAAGUACCUUCGAUACUUCACACGCACUAUACUUGAUGCUAGGAAACUGACUGCUAUUGCUUUUGGAGACCUGAACCCUUUUCCAUUGCGUCAGAUCAGGAACAGGAGGACCUACCACCUGGAGAAAGUGCGUCUUGAACUGACUGAACUUGAAGCCAUUCGUGAGGAUUUCCUACGUGAACGAGAGACCUGCGUAGAAAAGAGAGACCUUAUUAGUGAUGAUGAGGAGGAUAGUUGAAAGUUUUCAGACUUUUCUUUGGGAUCGUGACCAAAGUUCAUUGAGUGAGUUCACCUCCAACACACUUUAAUCCUGUCAAACAGAAUGUAAACUAGUUGCUUUUGGAAAUGUGCAGGACAGAUUUCCAAAUCCCAGCACUUUCAGAAAUAUUCCUUGGUGUGGAGGCCAAAAUGCUUCUGUUUACAGUUGCAUUCAUUGAAUUGUAUGUAGAGCACUUAAAUGAAUAUUUUGGGUUAGUCAGACAGCUGCACCGGCGGCUGUUUUCCCGUGGCACUCUUGUGCCUGUGUGAAACAGUAGUAACAAGGUCAUCACUCAGUUUACCACAUUCAUUGCCAAGAUUCUGCAUUUUUUACCAUAACUGUGUUUUUUGUAGUGCAGACACAGUGUGGGAGAACGUACUUUUCAUUUUCAUGUUGGUUCAGUAAAUGGCUUUCAUCGUGGUGUUGUCAAGUUGGCAGUUCCUGAGGUCAACUGGAGAAGCAGGGAAUGAAGCACCAGAACUCCUGCUUUCCUUUGUGUUUCCUGAAGCAACAAGAAAUGCAUCGUUGAUCAGAACACUUUUUUGUUGUUUAUGUUCGAGUACCUAUUUGUCACGUGAAUGUUUGGUGUAUACUGGAACAGUGAUAUACUCCACUUAUGCAGUCAGUUUUAUCCCUGUUCAGGGGUGUGUAGUGUGUGUGUGUGUGUGUGUUUUGUUUGUCUGUUUUGAGACAUUGCAAUCAGGGUGGGGGGAAACAACAGCCAAAACCCAGAUCUUAUGGAGAAGGGAGCUAGCUGGGAAUACCAUGUUUUAGUAGCUAAUUAUUGUUUUAUCUGUUAAAGGCAUUUUUUUCAUUUUUAGGGCUCCUCCUAUCUAGGGUUUCAGACAGGACAAAAUUUUUAUCUUUUACACAGAAACAUAGUAUUUGCAUGUAUGUAUAACCAUUGUACGAUAGUGAUAGAGAUAGGAUUCUUAAAUAUAUAGCCAUGACUCAGACCUAAAGCCACAGCACGUGCACAAACACUUAAGAUCCUGAGAACAAAUGGAAUAUUUGGUGAACGUGUUCAUGUGGAUGCACGUGCUGCAAGGAGUGCGAGGGACACUGAGCUGCAGGGUUUCUGACUGAAAACUGACUGUAGGCCAUUUCCCCCACUUCAUUACCAGCUGUGGUUUCUAAAAACAGGAGGAAGAUUUUUUAUUUUUCCUGUUUUCCGACUGGGCUCUUGCGAUAUUUCUUUUUCUUUUCCCCCCCAUUCAGAAUGUCUCAUUCAGACACUUGUCUCUGGGUGGAUUAUGGUAAAACUAAUGUUGAAAUCCUAGGUAGCCAAUCUCAGCUUCUUGGGUGGGCUGUUAGGUGGCAGAAAUGAAAACUGAUGAUCAGGAACAGUCAAGUGCAUGAAGCUUCCGAGACCUCUGUUUUCUGAGAGCCCAUAGGAUUUCUGUCAGGUAUGUGCAUGUAAUGGUCUUGGCAAUCUCAAGAGGUAGAGAAAUCCUGCUUUUGUUUCACAGCACUUUUUUGAGAAUAUAUUUAUAGCCUUCUUUAAGCGUGUUAUAAGACAGUUUAUCUGUGAGCUAAAUACUUUGUUGAAGUGAGGCAAAUAUUGUAGCUUACAGAACUACUUUUGAUACCUAAUGUGUGCCUCUUCUGUGUACCACACCAUCAAAAAAGCCAGGGAGGGAAGCAUGAUAUGAUCUCAAUUUUUAUGUUACUUGUCUUCUAAACUGUCUACCUUGUCUCUUAUAAGCAGUGUGUGCAUGAUUGGGCUGGUAUUCUGUAGUCACUCUACAUACUUGAAUUUAUUAGUUUUUUCAUAUUAUUGCAUGUACUGUAU